GGCGCCUGCGCGGUGGGCGUGAUCCGGGCACUUAGGGCAGGAUGAACGCUGCUUUCCAAGAUGGCGACGGAGGGAGGAGGGAAGGAGAUGAACGAGAUUAAGACCCAAUUCACCACCCGGGAAGGUCUGUACAAGCUGCUGCCGCACUCGGAGUACAGCCGGCCCAACCGGGUGCCCUUCAACUCGCAGGGAUCCAACCCUGUCCGCGUCUCCUUCGUAAACCUCAACGACCAGUCUGGCAACGGCGACCGCCUCUGCUUCAAUGUGGGCCGGGAGCUCUACUUCUAUAUCUACAAGGGGGUCCGCAAGGCUGCUGACCUGAGUAAACCAAUAGAUAAAAGGAUAUACAAAGGAACACAGCCGACUUGUCAUGACUUCAACCACCUCACAGCCACGGCAGAAAGCGUCUCUCUCCUAGUGGGCUUUUCCGCAGGCCAAGUCCAGCUUAUAGACCCAAUCAAAAAAGAAACUAGCAAGCUAUUUAAUGAGGAAAGACUAAUAGACAAGUCGCGAGUAAGCUGUGUCAGAUGGGUCCCUGGCUCGGAAAGCCUUUUCCUAGUAGCCCAUUCGAGUGGGAACAUGUACUUGUAUAAUGUGGAGCACACUUGCGGCACCGCGGCCCCCCACUACCAGCUCCUGAAGCAGGGGGAGAGUUUUGCUGUGCACACUUGCAAGAGCAAAUCCACGAGGAACCCUCUCCUUAAGUGGACGGUGGGCGAGGGGGCCCUCAGCGAGUUUGCCUUCUCCCCAGAUGGCAAGUUCUUAGCGUGUGUGAGCCAGGACGGGUUUCUGCGCGUGUUCAACUUUGACUCGGUGGAGCUGCACGGUACAAUGAAAAGCUACUUUGGGGGCUUGCUUUGUGUGUGCUGGAGCCCAGAUGGCAAGUACAUUGUGACAGGUGGAGAGGAUGACUUGGUGACAGUCUGGUCCUUUCUAGACUGCCGAGUAAUAGCUAGAGGCCAUGGGCACAAAUCCUGGGUCAGUGUUGUAGCGUUUGAUCCCUAUACUACUAGUGUAGAAGAAAGUGACCCUAUGGAGUUUAGUGGCAGUGACGAGGACUUCCAGGACCUUCUUCAUUUUGGCAGAGAUCGAGCGAACAGUACACAGUCUAGGCUGUCCAAACGGAACUCUACAGACAGCCGCCCUGUUAGUGUUACGUAUCGGUUUGGUUCAGUGGGCCAGGAUACACAGCUGUGUUUAUGGGACCUUACAGAAGACAUCCUUUUCCCUCACCAACCCCUCUCAAGAGCAAGGACACACACAAAUGUUAUGAAUGCCACAAGUCCGCCUGCCGGAAGCAAUGGGAACAGUGUCACCUCACCUGGAAACUCUGUGCCCCCUCCAUUGCCACGGUCCAAUAGCCUUCCACAUUCAGCAGUCUCCAACGCUGGCAGCAAAAGCAGCGUCAUGGACGGGGCCAUUGCCUCUGGGGUCAGCAAGUUUGCAACUCUGUCACUACACGACCGGAAGGAGAGACACCACGAGAAAGACCAUAAACGAAAUCAUAGUAUGGGACACAUUUCCAGCAAGAGCAGUGACAAACUGAAUCUAGUUACUAAAGCCAAAACGGACCCUGCUAAAACUCUGGGAACAUCCCUGUGUCCUCGGAUGGAAGAUGUUCCCUUGUUAGAGCCGCUGAUCUGUAAAAAGAUAGCUCAUGAAAGACUGACUGUAUUGGUUUUUCUUGAAGACUGUAUAGUCACUGCUUGUCAGGAGGGAUUUGUUUGCACAUGGGCAAGGCCUGGUAAAGUGCCAGCAGAGCAGUUCUGCAGGCAGGAGGACAGAGGGCAAGGUGUUCUCCAAGACCAGAACUAAAGGGCUUGUUGUCACCCCCAAACCAGGCCAGUUCUCCAGGUGGGACUGUGGUGUAGCAGCUGCAGUGCUGCUCCCAGGCUCCCCCGGGACACGUGUGGACUGAGGGAGUGACAGACGACAACGGAGCCAUGAGCUGCGCUGGAGCCACAUGCAGGCGGCAGGCAGCGGCAGCCUGCAGGGCUGUGUGGAGCUGCUAACCCAAAGAAUUGUUUCCAUUUUUAAGUCAGUCUGUUGGGGCUGCAGUAAAAAAUGAGAAAUGGGAGUUUUCUUGCUUUUUACUCUAAAAUUCAAUGUAACUAAAUCCCAUAUAAUAUAUAUAUAUAUACACACACAUAUAUACAUAGUGUAAAGUAAGAUGUUUCUUGGACAAGAAACCUAAAUUCAACUGUUAUAAAUAGCACCUGGCCCUGGUUUUGCACUGAUCUGUUUUAUACUUUACGUGGUCAUUAGACAGCCUGGGAUGCACUCAUGAAGACAGUUAGACAUGUUCUGAAAGACAGAUGCUGCAAUCAUAGAUUUAAAAAAUUGUUUGCACUUAAAAUAGUUUAACGCUAAUAGAAAAUGACUUUGAAUAAGGGGGAGUGGACUCUCAGCCUCCACAAUAUGGAGUGGAAAUGCCCUUUUUAUGUUAACAUUUAUUUUAAUACUGUUGUUUCCAAUGUAAUCAAGUCUGUAUUAUAUGUGUAAAUAAUGUAAUUCUGAAAUGGAAGAAAUAGUUACUUCAUUAGUAAUUUUCAUCAU